CCGCCGAUCUCUUCGUCCAAACCGCAGAACUCUGACCGGCAGGGAGUUGAUCAGCUGGGAGUGAUGCGGCUGUGCUUUUGGGGUACUGAAGUGUCGAUCAGAGAGUCCGGACCGGAUACCCCCUCACCCUCCCGCCUGUCUUAGGAGAGCUCUGGUUCCCAGUGUUAACAGCUGGACUGUGGCAGACUGUCCGGCUCUGACUGGAGCCAUUUGGCGGGAGGCCUGCAGACGAUGAGUCCAGCGCCCCGCCGGGACCCCUGACCCCGCCUUGCUGGUCGCCAUGGCGCUGGUCUCCCGCGGCUCUGUGAACUGCAACAGCUGCGAUGAGGAGGCCACGCCCCUCCUGGAUGGCGAGCCGGCGGAGCCUGCGCCCCCUGCCUGCUGCUCCGCGCGCUGGGGCCUGGCCACCCUGAUGUUCCUGGGCUUCGCCGUGGUUUACGCGCUGCGCGUCAAUCUCAGCGUCGCCAUGGUGGCCAUGGUCAACGUGUCCACUGUCCCACCAAGCAACAACCAGUCUUCCAGAGAGGCGUGCCCUGCGCCUUCCGGAGACGCCAACAGCAGCGGCUCAGAGGAGCCGCCAGCGGUGCCUAGGUUCCUCUGGGACUCUGCCACUCAGGGGCUGCUGCUGGGCGCUUUCUUCAUUGGCUACAUCCUGACCCAGAUCCCUGGGGGUUACCUGUCUGGCCACCUGGGGGGUCGCUGGUUCCUGGGAGGGGGCGUGCUGGGCACUGCUGUCCUCACCCUCCUCACCCCUCUUGCUGCCCAGAUGGGGGUCCCCUGGCUGUUUGCACUGCGAGCGAUGGAGGGCUUUGGAGAGGGCGUGACUUUCCCUGCCAUGAUGGCGAUGUGGGCCUGCUGGGCACCCCCCCUGGAGAGGUCGCGGCUCAUUUCCUUCUCUGGCGCCGGGUCCAAUUUUGGUGCCUUUGUAGCUCUGCCCCUGACCGGCUUCAUCUGUCGCACUCUGGGCUGGCCAGCUGUCUUCUACUGCUUUGGUGGCGCCGGCUGUCUGUGGGCCGUGUUCUGGUUCCUCUUGGUAUCAGAUGACCCUCGGUCUCACCGGCGAAUCAGCGAGCAGGAGAGGGAUUACAUCACUCGAACCAUCGGCACAGAGGGUGGGUCCCACGGCUGGUCAGUGCCCCUGGUGCCCAUGCUGCUCUCCCUGCCCCUGUGGUCCAUCAUCAUCGCCCAGAUCUGUGCCAACUGGUCCUACUACACCCUGCUGACCUCCCUGCCCACCUACAUGGACACCAUCCUGCGCUUCAACAUCGGGGAGAACGGGUUCCUGUCCGCUCUGCCCUACCUGGGCGCCUGGCUGUCGGCGGUGCUGUCCGGGGUGCUGGCUGACUGCCUCCUGGAGAGGGCGCUGCUGAGCACCACUGCUGUGCGCAAGAUCUUCACCCUUACAGGAAUGUUGCUGCCGGCGGUGUUCCUUGUGGCUGUGGGGUUUAUCGGCUGUAACAGCAUGGCGGCAGUGAUCUUCCUCACCUUGUCCUCCAGCCUGGGAGGGAGCAGCUCAGCCGGAGUCUACAUCAACCAGAUCGACAUCGCACCUCGAUAUGCAGGAGUGUUGUUAGGAAUAACAAACACCUUUGGGACAAUUCCUGGGAUCGUGGCACCCAUUGUGGUGGGGUAUCUGACUACAGAGCGUUCACUCGCGGGGUGGAGAGAAGUGUUCUACCUCUCGGCCGCGAUCAACGCUGCAGGAGCUCUGAUCUUCUCGGCGUUCGGCAGCGGGAAGAUUCAGAAGUGGGCGCUGGACACACGUGGACAGACACCAGGAGGCUCGCCCGCGGAGCAAGACUGAAGGGCCCCAGGCUGGCGGGAGGGGAAGCAGGGUCCUCGAGUUCGAAUCCAGCACUUGGCUGUGACUCCACACACACUGUAUCGCUCUGCUUCUAGUUCUGUCUGACAUAUUAUAACUUAUCAAGACCUGGACCUCCUUCUCCCUGGUCAGCCGGACAACUAGACUCCCUGUCUGAGCAGGGAAGCGUCUGCCUUUAGCCCAUGGACACAGCAGCUCUGGAAACGGGUCUUAAUCAGGCCUCUUUUUAAAGUAAUUGCAACUUUAAAAUCACCUCAAUGAAUUUUUCAUUCUGAUUUACCCGUGUAGUUAGAUAGCGCUUGUCCCUACAGUGCUGAACUGCAGUGAGGGAGAGCUGGUGGUCAUUUACACGAACCUGUGGGAAACCUUUGCAGAAUUAUUACUGUGAUAAACGCACUGUCCUCUUGCGGCACAGCGCCUCCUAUAGGGCAGGCAAGGUCCUCCCAGUCUCGCUAUACCAGAGAUCCAAAGGCCUUCUCCAGGUGUCAGCAACGCGGAAAUUAAGUUCAAGAUGCAGAUUUUAUAAGUUUUCUGCUUCAGUGAAGUGAAGACGUCAGGGGAACAUUGCUAGUCAGAGAUCGAAGAGCACACAGAGCCUGUCUGGAGAUACUGGGAGGGGAUGAUUUUGUGUUUAUUAAUUAGCACUGUAAUUAACUGGUCAUGCCAGUAAAGCUCUUUGAAUUUCUAUUGA